AUGGCGAGUACUAGUAAGCAAACUCAAGGAAGACAGAAGAUAGAGAUGAAAAAAAUUGAGGAUGAUGAUGAUCGACUGGUAACAUUCUCCAAAAGGAGAUAUGGCAUAUACAAGAAGGCUAGUGAGCUAGUCACGAUGUGUGGUGCAGAAGUCGGGAUGGUCAUUUUCUCAACGUCUGGGAGGCCAUUUUCAUUUGGCCACCCCUUAAUGGAGUCCAUAAUAAACAAAUUCCUCAAACGAAACGUGGGCUUGAGUACAGACAAAAGGCUCCAGGCCAUACUUGAUGCUCGUCGUAGGAUGAGAAUAGAUCAACAUAAUGAUAGCUACAAUGAGUUGCUCGAGCAGCUGGAUGCAGAAAAGGAUAGAGGGCUGGCUCUAAAACAAAUAACUCGGGCAACGAAGGAAGGAAACCCCAAGAACUGGGAGCUUGGGUGGUGGGAACGGCCCCUUGAUGAGCUCACGCUACCCGAGCUCGUGAAAGUAGCCUCAGCUAUGGAGGCAUUCCAUAAGGACUUAUGCAGCUACCUUAAUCAUUCAAAUGAUCUGGCUGCCCCUGCAACCGAUAUCCCCUGGUUAACCAUUCAAAGGAUCUAG